GGUUGGCGGCACGAGUCAAGCCAUACGGCUGAUGUACGCCAUGAGUGUGGUGCGCUUUGUCAACGGGAUGGUAGACAGUGUACAGAAAGGUGUGCACGCUCGAUCAGUCAGUGCUCUGGCAAAUGAACUAGGACUGCCCGAAUGGGUAGUAGACUUCAGACACGAUGCAACACACACAGCCCUACCUACGCUCGCAUCGUGUAGGAUGACGGGAAAGUUCAUACUGGAAUGGCUUCGUUUCCGCUAUUGGGAAACCCAGGCGCGGUACGAACCCGAAUUACAAGCGCUGCUGAAAGCCGCCCUCAAACACUACACAUCCAUUGAAGUACAACUCUCCGCGCUCUCCGACGCCGAGGCUGUUACCAUGGCAACCAGUUCACAAACAGUCCCGGCUGGGAAAGGCAAGAAAAAGGCUAAGACCGUGAAACCCACUAAAAAGCCCAUUGCUAGCAACACAGCUAGUGUGCGUGCUCUGUUCGAGGACCGUACAGCGGCACUGGACGAGGUGGUGCGACUGUGUGGGUCUCGCGGAGUGGCAUGUGAGAUGCUCAUUCCUAUGCUGCUGAAGACGGGCAUGAUGGUCCCUGUGGAUAAGAGAAUGCGCCCGGCAUCUCUGCUUGGCCUGGGUGUGGAGUGCAUCGACGCAGACCCAAAGAACCUGCGCGCGUGGUCGGCAGCUCUGGGCCACUUUGAACGCGCAUGGCCUGGGUUUCUGUCGGAUAUGCUGUCGACUAUGGUGUCCACUUUGGCUGCAGUUUCACAACCUGCUGCCACCCACGCAUCUGAAUCUCCAGUCGACGUCGUGACUGUACACCCUAGUCCCAGCCGUUUACGAUCAAUUGGUGAGCUGUUAUAG